UUCCUUGGAAUACUGAAACACAAAAUGAAUCGAAUAAAUCUACGAGUAUUGCUGAAUUGUUGGCUGCAAAAUUUAAUAAACAUAAGAAAAGAUCUUCUGUAAUCAAAGCUUCUUCUAUGAUUAAACCUUCAUCUACUACUAAACCUUUGUCUAUGACUAAAUCUUUAUCUAUGACUAAACCUUCAUCCGCGACUAAACCUUCUACUACUACUAAACCUUCUAUCAUGACUAAACUUUCCACCACAACUAAAUCUUCGUCUGUAAUUAAAUUUUUAUCUGUUAUCAAACCUUCAACUAUGACCACCAAGCCUUAUACGAGAACUAGAAGUAAACGCAAAUUAACAGACCUUGCGAAAGAAAUACUAACCGAUUCAAAUGAAGCAGAAAUAUUAGUUGAUACUGAAGCUAAAUAG